AUGCCAAUAGACACAUAUAAAAAAUCAAAAAAGCUGUCCUUAGGGACACAUUAUAAUAAAGACAAUUUUAGCAGAAGGCGGGGAAAUACCUAUGGAUAUAAUAGGUACCGAAAUUAUAAUUAUUACAAAUUACCAAACUAUCAAAAAACCUCAAAUUAUGAAAUGGCACCUGAAAUGAAUGAUAGAGAUAGAGAUGCAAAUGAAUCCAAAAAGGUUAGCAACGUCAUUGAUACUAAUUUGCAAUCCAAUACAUCUAAUAAUACCAACUCGAUGAGAAAAGCCAAAAUUGGAAAGAAUGAAGAAAACAUUGAAGAAGCAAAUAAAAAAAUAAAUGUCGUAAAAAUACUUAAGAGACCCGCAGAAAAUGUACAAGAUGGCAUCGAACCUAAAUCAUUAAAAUUGUUAGGAAAAACUAAUUUAAAUAUUAAACCCAAUGAAGUAGAAGAAAAUAACGACAAUAAUAAUAGCGAAGUAGCUGACGAAAAGAAAAAGGAAAAAAAAUGUAAAAAAAAUAUAGCUAAUAGUAAAAGUUUAUCAAAAAUAAAAGAUAACAAGGACAUUUUUAAUUUUACAUCAACCCAAGAAUUGUUUAAUUUACUUUUGCAAAAUGUUAAGGAAACGGAUGAUGAUACUCAAAGUAAUAAUGCCCAACAAAUUGCAUCAAUAAACACCGAAAUAAUGGAUAAAGAAAAGGAGUUGGCUAUGAAAAAAAGUAAAAAAAAUAAACUACAUAAUACAAAAAUAGCAACUACAAAUAUUGUAGAGACAAAAAAUAAUAAAGAUUCAAUAGAUGCUAAAAAGAAAAACGAUUUAGGUGGAUUAACCCAAAUAAAUAAUAAUGCCAUUUUAGAAGGACAAGCAGAUGGUACUGGUGUUAUAGAAAAAAGGGUUACCUUUCAAUUGAUAGAUGAUUUACCCCUUAAGGAAGAAAAAGGUAUGGAUAUUGGAAUGGUUGAUAAUAUUAAUAAAAUAAAUGGAAUGAUGGGAAAUGUUUAUUCAAAAACAACAUCGGCUAAAUAUCCAUCAUAUGCUAUGAAUUCACAUUUAUUAAAUAAUAUACCAAAAGAGGAAUUAUGCAAAACAUUAAGUUUAAAACAUGAAUCAUUUAAAAAAGGAAAAAAAGAAGAUGACGAAUCUUUGUUUGUUAUUCCAUUAUAUAUGAGAUCACCAAAGCCAGAACAAAUACCAAUACCCUCUUUAUUUUCAGCCGAUGGUAGUAGCAUAGCAACCGAUAUGUACAAUGGGAGUGAUGGAUUUCCAUCAAACUGUGUAAGUAGCUUAGAUAAUAUUAAUGGAUAUUUGAUCGGAAGUAAUUCAAUUGAAUUUCCAAUGAACAAUCAACAAAAUCCCGAAGCAUAUUAUUCUACACCAUCACUAAUUGGAUUUAAUAAUUCUAUUUUUUCAAAAACAUCGACCGAAAAAAAUAACAGCAAAGUAAUAAACGUAACAAAGAAUGGAAGUAAUAGUAAUAUAAAAUCGGAAGUAUCAAAUUCAAAUAAAUUACAAACAAAAAAAUAUGGAAAAAGUUUAAAAAGUUCUAUAGCAAAUGAAAAAACAAGCACAUUGAUGGGAGUAGCAAAUAAUGUAAAUAGUCUAAAUGCUUCUAAAAAAAAUAAAACAUAUCUAAACAAAAAAUAUAAUAUCACUUCAAGUUUAGAUCAAAAUAAAUUAAGAUUAAAAUAUGAUACAUUAAACAUAGGGAAUGUUAAACCAAGGAAAUUACAUAACAAUGAACAUUAUGCUUAUAUAAAAACUUCAAACUAUAUGAAUGGAACUCAUGCAUAUAAUAAAACGAGCAGAAACUUUAAAGUUGACAAACAUUUUAACAACCGCAAAUACAACUUCAAAACUGCUACAUAUUUUAACGACACAGCUGCUCAAAGGAACAAAAAUUUAAACUCCUUUAAAAAUGUCAAAAUCGAAGCCUAUUAA